GUUGCGCAUGCGUUUACAAUGCUUAUCAGCGUUCUCGUGUAACAUGUUUCUACGUAGUUGUGAUAAUCAGUUUUGAGAGGGUCUGGUCGGUCUGGUCGGUCUACGUCUACACUGUCGACAGGAAGGGAAAGAUCAAUUAGAAGACGGCUUUCAAAAUAUUUGGCUGUGCACGACUUUUCCGGGUCGCAAUCCAAUAUCGAGUCAUGUCGAGUACAAAGAAGCAACCAUUUCGCCGUCUGCCGACAGACGUUCUGCCGUACCAUUAUGAUAUCUUUUUGACACCGAAUUUGAAAACUUUUAUAUUCAAUGGGAAGAUGAAUGUGAAUAUUGAUGUGGUAAAGUCUACGGAUACCGUUGUCGUGAAUUCCUUGGACAUCAACAUCAAAAGCGUUGCCUUCCACUGCCAGGAAAAGGACCCUAUUUUGACAAAGAAAAUUGAUAUUUCCGUACCCGACGAGACAGCUACCUUCAUAUUUAAUGAAAAGUUACCAUCUGGCAAAACUGGAUAUUUAUGCUUGGAGUUUGAUGGAGAAAUUAAUGAUAAAAUGAAAGGGCUUUAUAGAAGCAAGUAUACUAGGUUGGACGGGAGUGUUGAAUACGCAGCAGUAACACAAUUCGAGUCAACAGAUGCUAGACGUUGCUUUCCAUGUUGGGAUGAACCGUCUCACAAAGCCACAUUUGAUAUUGUCUUAAACGUGCCAUUAGGUCUUACAGCACUCUCGAAUAUGCCUGUUAAAAAGAAAGAAACAAGUCAGGACUCGAUGGAAACGUACCACUUCGAAACAACAUCAAUAAUGUCAACAUAUUUGGUAGCGAUAGUUAUCGGCGAAUUUGAUUACAUAGAGGAUAAGUCUCGCGACGGAGUAUUGGUAAGAGUAUACACACCAAAAUCUAAAACCGAACAGGGUCGAUUUGCGUUGGAGACGUCCGUUAAGAUGUUACCAUACUACAAAGACUACUUCGGGAUUGCAUAUCCGUUACCAAAAAUCGAUCUGAUCGCGAUCGCUGACUUUUCGUCAGGAGCUAUGGAAAAUUGGGGGCUGGUCACGUACCGUGAAACGUGCCUUCUAGUGGAUCCACAGAACACGUCUGCUCUUCGAAAGCAGUGGAUCGCACUAAUUGUGGCGCACGAGUUGGCGCAUCAAUGGUUUGGAAAUCUUGUUACCAUGGAAUGGUGGACUCACCUGUGGCUGAAUGAGGGGUACGCCUCGUUCGUAGAAUUCCUAUGCGUUGCAGACCUGUUCCCGGAGUAUGACAUUUGGUCGCAAUUUGUCACGGACACGUACAUCGGAGCGCUGGAAUUAGACGCUCUACAGAACAGCCACCCGAUCGAGGUGCCGGUCGGUCACCCGUCCGAGAUCGACGAAAUUUUUGACGAGAUUUCUUACAAUAAAGGCGCCUGCGUUAUUAGAAUGCUGCACGCCUAUAUCGGGGACGACGAUUUCCGCAAGGGAAUGAAUCUGUACUUAAAUAGGUACAGUUACGGUAAUGCGGAGACUAUGGACCUUUGGCGCGCUUUGGAAGAAGCCAGUAACAAGAACGUAGGCUCCGUGAUGUCCACGUGGACUGAGCAGCAGGGUUUUCCCGUUGUCACAGUUGAACAUCGCCAGGAUGGUAGCGACAGGAUCCUGACCCUCACCCAGAAGAGAUUUUUGGCCGGUGGUGUCGAGGAGACGGGUGACAGUUCAUGGAUGAUUCCCAUAAGCGUGAGCACAUCGAAGGAUCCCAAAAAAUUCGUGCUAACGGAUUUGUUGGACGAGAAAACGAAAGAGUUCAGGGUCAAAGACGUCGCUCCAGAAAGCUGGGUGAAACUGAACCCUGGAACAAUCGGUUUCUACAGGACUCACUACAGCUCAGAAGCGCUGUCGUUGUUAUUACCGGCCGUUAAAGACGGCACGUUACCUCCGUUGGACAGACUGGGACUGUUCGAUGAUCUUUUCGCUGUGGCACAAGCUGGCCGCGCUUUCACCGUGGAGGUGCUCCAACUAAUGCACGCGUUCAAGAAGGAAGACAACUUCACUGUGUGGUCUAGUAUAGACAACGCUCUGAGGAAAAUCGGAUUUCUCCUCUCCCACUUAGACUGUCUGGACUCCUACAAGGCGUUCGGGCGUUCCUUGAUGCACGACAUUCGCAACAAACUUGGUUGGGACCCUAAACCAAACGAAAGUCAUUGCGAUACGCUGCUGAGAUCCCUGGUGCUUGACCGCAUGGCAGUUCUGAACGACAGGGAUACCAUCGAGGAAGCGAAGAAACGGUUCGAGCUGCACGUCUCCCGCAAAACUCUUCUUUCCGCCGACUUGCGCAGCCCCGUGUACAAGGCUGUACUCUCUAACGGCAACAACGAGACUUACCAAACGAUGCUGAAGCUCUACCGCGAAACUGACCUACACGAGGAGAAAGAUAGAAUACUAAAAGCUCUCGGCGCGAUCAAGGACGAAGCUAUACUCGCGGAGAUCCUCGAAUUCGCAAUGAGUGUCGAGGUCAGGGCUCAAGAUGCGGUGUACGCGAUCAUGUCGGCGUCGAUGACGUACAAGGGCCGUCUGAUGGCCUGGGAGUUCAUCAAGAAACACUGGGAAACGAUCCACGAUCGUUACGACGGUAGUUUCCUGUUGACCAGACUCGUCAAGAUCGUCACCGAGAACUUCGUCACGGAAGAGCAGGCCAACGACGUUGAGAACUUCUUUAAGGAGCAUCCAACGCCUGGCACAGAGCGAACAGUCCAGCAGAGCGUUGAGUCGAUCAGAUUGAACGUGGCAUGGUUGGCCAGAGAUUUAGACUCUAUCAAAGAAUUCUUGGACCAGCAGAGCAAAAGUAGCAGUAGCACGGAGUCUUGCCCUCGCGAAGCUGUUACCGGCGACUUGUUAUAGUGACUGAUAAAGCAGAAAACUGAGGGUUUAGCGUCAUUCGUGCAAACUUGGAUGAAGGAAGAAUGUUGUCAUAAAAAUACGAUCGCCGUCGUUAAAUCUAGAUCAUAAUGAUCGGAGAAAUGGAUUCUUUACUUUUAUUGCAAAUUAAACGCAGUAUUAAACUUUGCAUUUACUUUUGUACUGAGUCCGAACGAACAGCUGAUUUUUUCCUUCCCAGGUUGCGUAUGCGCGCCGUUUUGGAGAAUCGUAUUGUCACUCAUGUAUGUACAAUAAAGAGUGUGCAAUAAAAAGUAUGUGAAACAAGCGUAUAGCUGCAAUAUGCAAUUUAUAUCACAUUUAAAACACAGAAGAUUCAAAUAAAUACUUUUACGCUUGUA